GCAGUUCCAAGGCUGCAUCUUUGCACUGGACAGGUGAGCGAGCUGUCAGUGUUCUUCUGCUGGGUCUUCUUCCUGCAGCGUACCUGUACCCUGGCCCGGCCAUGGACUAUUCAUUGGCCGCAGCCCUCACUCUCCAUGGCCACUGGGGUCUUGGGCAGGUUAUAACUGACUAUGUCCAUGGAGAUGUACCCAUUAAAGUGGCCAACACAGGUCUGUAUGUACUGUCAGCCGUUACCUUCGCUGGCCUCUGCUACUUUAACUAUCACGAUGUUGGUAUCUGCAAGGCCGUUGCCAUGCUGUGGAGCCUCUAA